AUGGCGCCUUCCGAAAUCGCCGUAGAGCCCAUGAGCGGCAUCUCCACACCAAAAAUCCCCAGCACCAGGACGUCGAGCGACGGCGACGAGUCGACGAGCAACAGCACCAAUGGCGAGAGGUCCAAGAGGCGGAGGAGGAACAGAAACCGCAGGAGAUCGAGGAACCCGGCCGUCAAUGGCACCACAACCACCACCGUCACCGUCGCGGAGAAGACGCAAAAGUCGUUGAAGAGGACGAAUGGGACGACGCAGCAUGAAGAAGAGGAGGAAGCGGCUGCUGUAGCAGCGGCGGCUAAGAGGCCGCGGAUAGAAGAAGACAAGUCCAAGUCUCUUGUUCUUGCUGCCGGGAAGAAGACCACGCACGAUCCCGCGGCUGACGCUGAGCGGCUCGAAAAGAUGUGCGGUGCCGUCCGCACCAUCCUGGAGUGUAUCGGCGAAGAUGCCGACCGCCCCGGCCUGCUGGACUCGCCGGCGCGGUACGCCAAGGCGCUGCUGUUCCUGACCAAGGGAUAUCAGCAGACGCCGCGAGAGAUCAUCAACAAUGCCAUCUGGGAGGACGAAGGGCAUAAUCACCACGGCAUGGUCAUCGUUCGGGAUAUUGAGAUUUUCAGCCUAUGCGAGCAUCACCUUGUUCCCUUUAACGGAAAGAUGCAUAUCGGCUACAUCCCCAACACCCGCGUCCUCGGCCUCUCCAAACUCGCCCGCAUCGCCGAAGUCUACGCCCGCCGCCUCCAGAUCCAGGAACGCCUCACCAAGGAGGUCGCCAACGCCAUCAUGGACGUCCUCAAGCCCCAGGGCGUCGCCGUCGUCAUGGAGGCCAAGCACUUUUGCAUGGUCAUGCGCGGCGUCGAGAAGACGUGCGCCAGCACCGUCACGAGCUCUGUCCUUGGAUGCUUCGAGAGAAGUUCCAAGACCAGGAAUGAGUUCUUGAGUCUCCUUCGGUUGGACAGGCAGAUAUAA